AUGUUCCGCGUUUUUGGACGGCGUCUCGUUUCCCGCACGCUGCCGCUUUUGCAGCUGGCACCACACGACCUACCAGAGGGAUUUGAGUUCAUGGAGAACAAGGUUGUGGACAAGGAUAUUCACGCUCCGUAUGAAAACCUGGAAACAUUGCGCUUCACUCUUACACGCCAAGAUGAGUUUCUCAUGCGUGAGGAUCCCGUCAAGUGCGUCACUCUGAGUGGUGCAAAUGGUGAGUACGGCAUCUACCCUGGCCAUGCAUACAAGAUUGUUCAACUCAUUCCUUCUCCACUGACAGUGGAGUACACUGAUGGAACGACAACGAAGUUCUUUGUCAGUGGUGGAUUUGCGCACAUCAACAAUGAGGGCUCGUGUGACGUGAAUACUGUGGAAUGUGUCCCCAUGGAGGAUCUUGAUCCUGCUGCUGCUGAAAGUGCACUUGCUGCACAGCAGUCCUCGUUAGCUUCUGCCAAGGACGAGAAGGCCAGGUCCGUAAUUGAAAUUCGCAUAUCCGUUCUAGAGGCAAUUAUUGCUGCCUUGAAGCAUCACCACUAG